AUGCUGUACAAACCAAAGGUCUUAGACAUUCGUUCGGGCAGCGUGGAGGAUUCCCUGCGCCAUUCGGUCAUGGACGGAAUCCGAGAAGAUCCCCGUACUCUGCCAACCCUCAUACUAUACGGACCAGAGGGGCUACAGCAUUGGGACGACCACUCCCAUGCUCCAGAUUACUACCUCCGUCACGAGGAACUUCACAUCCUGCGAUCACGCGCCUAUGAGAUGGCCGAGACGAUUGCCGACAACACUGCGAUGGUGGACCUUGGCAGUGCGCAAGUAUCCCGGUUCCAUGAGUCCCCCUGUCUACUGGCACCGACAUUGAGCCUCGACAAGGCGGCGCUACUGCUGGACGCCUUGGAAGUGCAGGCAAAAAACGUAACCUACUACGCCCUGGACUUGGACCAUGCGGAGCUGCAGAAGACGCUGUGCAGACUGCCGUUGGGCAAGUAUAAGCACGUUCAGUGCGUCGGUCUACAGGGAACGUUCGAGGACGGGCUCGAGUGGAUCAAGAACGACCCCGAGCAGAGCCGACGCCCGCACUGCCUUCUGUUCCUCGGAUCAACCAUUGGCAACUUUUCGAGGGAGAACGCGGCCAGGUUCAUCCGCAGCAUGGCCUCCAGCGCGUUCUUGUCUGAAUCCGCCAAGAGCUCCAUCAUCCUCAGCAUCGACUCCUGCAAGCUGCCAACCAAGGUGCUCCGUGCCUACAACUCGGAAGGAGUCGUGCCCUUUGCCAUGGCUGGCCUCAAGCACGCCAGCGCCAUCCUGUGCGAGGCCGCGUGCCGCCAGGAAGACGCAGUGACGGAGACGUUCCUCCCGGACGAUUGGUACUACUUGAGUCAUUAUAACCACGUCCUCGGCCGUCACGAGGCUUCCUUUACUCCGCGCAAUCGGGACAUUCAACUCGGGUCGCCCCUGGAAGAUGUCGUCAUAAGGCUGGGCGAGACGAUCCGGUUUGGCUAUAGUCACAAGUACGACUUUGCAGAGAUUGAGCAGCUCUUCCGUGAGGCAGGCGUCGCGGCCGUCAACUCAUGGGGUGCCGUGGGUUGCGAUCUUAGUUUCUACCAACUUGGCACGGCGUAA